AUGUUUUAUGCUUCCAUCAGUGCCUACAUUACAAAGGUAUGUGGAAUAAGUGACAAUAUAUUCCAUCUUUUAAAGCAAAAGGUGCAACAUAUUUCUGAUAAUGAUAAACUUGUGAAUAUGUCAUUGGAUGAAAUGUCUCUAAUGGCAAAUUUGACAUAUGACAGCACUUCUGAUACUGUUAUUGGUUUUGAGGACUUCCGGUUUGCACGCACAGCUAAAAUUGCCAACAGUGUGUUGGUGAUAAUGAUUAAUGGCAUUUUUUUAUGUUUCAAACAACCAUUGCUGUACUAUUUUUGUAAAGGAACAGUGGGAGCUAUGCAUUUGACUGCUAUAUUUUAUGAAGUAGUCAAAAGACUUAAGGAAAUUGGCUUGGUUGUAAAGACCUGUGUGACUGAUCAGGGUUCAAAUUUUGUGGACUGGAGAAAGAGACUGGGAAUUACACAAGACAAUCCAAUUUUGGUAUAUGAGGAGCAGAAGAUCUAUUUCUUCUAUGACACCCCACAUUUGUUUAAGAGCAUCAGAAACAACCUAUUUAGGUAUGACAUAAUUCAUACAUCAAAUGAUGGUUUGGUUGGUACUGCUUCUUGGAAGGACAUUUCUCAGCUCUAUUCAAAUGACUUGCACAGGAAAUACAAGUUAGCUCCCAAGCUGACUAAAAAAGUUGUCGAACUGCCAGCUUUUUCAAAAAUGAAAGUGGGUACUGCAGUUCGUGUGUUAAGCCACACAGUGGCAGCUGGUAUUGACACACUUGUAUUUUGUGGUAGUAUGCCAUUAUCUGCAACUGGCACUUCAGACUUUUGUCAGAAGGUUAAUGACAUUUUUGAUAUCUUUAAUACAUACAGUGUGAAAGGGCCUGUGCAUCUAAGGAACUGUAUUAGGAGUGAUUCAGAGCAUCUGGAUGUUCUACAUGUGACGAAGCCAUGGAUUCACUCUUGGAAAUUUGUAGGCUCUGAUGGAAAAGAUUACUCCCUGGGGAUAAAAUGUGUAAAGGGGCUUCUAAGCAAUAUAUGUGCUUUCGAAAUGCUUGCUGCCGAGGUACUGACUGGAACAAAAUUGUACUUAUUCUCAUGUAAAAUUAACCAAGACACAUUGUAA